CCUGCUGCUCUAGCCUCAUGCAAACAUGGCUGGCUCGCUCGGGUGCGCUGCUGCACCCUAUCUGUCUCGUCGAGCCGCAGAGCCUCUGCUUGCAUUGCUAGAUCGUGGAAAAUGCACUUGACGAGAUGAUCUGCAUCCUGCCGGCCAGCCAGCGCCUGUCAUUUAUCAUGCCUCGCUUCUUCUUCACGCUGUGCUGCACACGUCCGCUGAUGCACGACGCCCGAGCACGAGCUGUCGCUGCGUCCAGGCCCCAAUCGACGUCCCCCAAAAGCACAAAAUUGCACUCACCUAUCCGGGGCACUGCUUCCCUCCGACCGCGCUACUGACAUCGACUUCAUACCCAUUCGCCUUGCGCCUCCCGACCUGCCCUUGUAUGUUUCACCCACCGCACCACCAGCUCGAGGCCCUCCAUGCAAUCGCCACCACAGAAUUCGUCGGCGGACGACUCACCCGCCCCGGGUCGCGGCAACAACGCCAGUGGCCCGAGGCGCAAUCCCCCGCUGGUCAUUGUGUCGGAGCGAGGACGACAUAGUGAGGCCUCGCGCCGCAUCGUUCGUGCUCAAGCUGCUCGUGCGAGUGCCGCCCAAAGCAGGGAAACCCGAGCCCGGAACCGCGAGACUCAGCAGGCAAAUCAACCACCUCGACCAGCCGAAGCCACAACAUCGAACAACCCACCGAGGCCGCAGCCAAGCCAUAGCCAUUCACAACGAUCGUACCAGGAGCCACGACGGCCCCAGCCUCCAGCCCCGGAUCCGAGACGGAACGAAGACAACUUCGACAGCGAUGGCAUCCUGAAGCCUUUGGUCAAUUGGAUCACCAACAUCCUGCAUUUGACUGCAGCUUCAUUCGUUUCCGGCGCAGCUGCUCUUGCCUCCGGUGGCCGGCCCGAUUUGAAGAAUGCUAACGACGUACUGGUCGGCGGGCAUGGCUACAUCGCAGACAGUGGAGUCAAGAUGGAAGAAGUGCAGGUAGAUCGCGGCCUGUUUAAUCGACGCCUACCCAUCGCGCUUCCCCGUGGCUUCACGACGCUACAGACGCGAAUCACGAUAUCUGACGACUUCAUGGUCCUGCUGAGCCGAACGGCUUGCUUCGACUACGCCAGUAAUGGUGUGCAAGACCGACUGAACGAAUUACUCUUCGACAUCGUGAUGAACACCGCCACGACGGCUGUCCUGGAUCCGCUGCAGUCGAGCGAUCAUCCCAUAUCGAAGCAUCUGCGGCUGGCAUGCGUAUGUCUGACCAUUUUUCAAGGUCAGCGGGUAGAUGGUGCGACUUUUGCUGGAAAUCAAAACUACGAUCUCGGACUGCAAGCCGCAUGGAACGAAGCCAUGGUGCUCGACCACGCCGCUUUGCAAGACCAAAAGUCCGCCGAGGCUGCACUGUGGGCAGUCUUUGUGAUCAGCGUGACUUGCGGGUCAACAGUCACCUUCUAUCAUCAGCUGCUGUACAGCCUAAUGCAAGACUUACAAUUGGCGUACUGGAGUCAAGUUCGGAACGUGCUGCUCGACUUCAUCUACCCAGGCUCAUUCAUCGACGCCCCGAUGCAACAGUUCUACCACAAACUGCAUCGUGAUCGGGAAUACUCGCUCGUGCCACCAGGGUGAACACGCCGACCGAUGGCAUAAUCUCCAAAAAGUACAUAUACUUGCGCGCAUCGGCCGUGCAAGCCACUCUCGUAGAUCGACAUGCGCUGUCACAAAUCGGGGAGGUCGUAUCGGGGAAAGGCUGACUCCAAGCCCUAAGAUUGCAUGGGCAGUACAUACGUUCAUGGCACAACGCAAUACACAUCAAAGCUGCCGCGACUGAGAAGUCGUAGUUCGGGGACGGAUACAGGGCGUGGCUGGCAGAGAUGCC